GUUUCUAUUUGGAAACCAAGCGCCCACGCCCAUGCAUGUCGCUACUCCUAGACGCAGGCGCAAUAUCACUCCUUCUGUCAAACAUGGCUGUGCUUUUGAAGAAAGAAAAAUGCUGAAAUGUGUUGGUAGAUUUCGGAAAAAGCAGCAAACAUGGCGAGAUUGGCUGAUUAUUUGAUUGUCGUGGGAUUAGAUCAGGACAAAACCGGUGCAGGAGAAGGAUGUGGGAAGAUCAUCCAGCGCUUCCCCAAAAAAGACUGGGAUGGCACAGCGUUUCCCCAGGGGGUGGAGAUGUUCUGCCAGCCAGGAGGAUGGAGGCUGUCCCGAGAGAGGAAAGCUCCCACCUUCUUCACGGUGGUGUUGACGGACAUCGACUCAGACAGACACUACUGCUCCUGCCUCACCUUCUACGAGGCAGAGGUCAACCUGCAGGGAACAAAGACCACCGAUGCAGAUGAGGAUGAGGAAGAGGAUGGCUUGAUCCAGCCCGCUCAAGUCUUUGCACCAAAAAGUCUCAUUCUGGUCUCCAGGCUCGAUUAUCCUGAAAUAUUCCGGGGCUGCUUGGGCCUGAUCUACACGGUGUACGUCGACAGCCUGCCGUUCCCCCUGGAGGGGCUGGUUUCCAACCUCUUCACGUGCAUGGUUCCUGUGGCGGGCGGCUCCCAGAAAUUAUUUUCCCUGGGAGCUGGCGACCGACAGCUAAUCCAAACCCCUCUGAAUGACAACCUGCCUGUUACAUGCAAGAGUGUGGCCCUGCUCUUCCAGCAACUUGGAAUCCAGAAUGUUCUGAGUCUUUUCUGUGCGGUUCUGACCGAACACAAGGUUUUGUUCCAUUCUACGAGCUACCAGAGACUAGGGGAGGCGUCGCGUGCCCUGGAGGCACUCAUGUUCCCCCUCAAAUACAGUUACCCAUACAUCCCCAUCCUGCCGUCACGGCUGCUAGAGGUGCUGAGCUCACCCACCCCCUUCAUCAUCGGGGUCCACUCCAUGUUCCAGAGCGAGAUCCAAGAACUGUUGGACGUUAUCAUAGCUGAUCUGGAUGGAGGAACCAUAAAGAUUCCAGAGUGCAUCCACCUGUCCCAGCUCCCUGAACCACUGUUACACACCACACAGACUGCCCUGUCUCUGGUUUUGCAUCCUGAUCUGGAGAUAGCUGACAAUGCCUUCCCACCCCCUCGCACAGCCCCCUCCAACCUCAAACUGUUGGAUAAGGAGGUGCGAGCUGUGUUCCUCAGGCUGUUUGCACAACUCUUCCAGGGCUACAGGUCCUGCCUGCAGCUCAUCCGCAUCCAUUCCGAACCUGUUAUCCACUUUCACAAGACUGCCUUCCUGGGCCAGAGAGGCCUGAUCGAGAAUGACUUCCUGACCAAGGUUCUGGAUGGCAUGGCCUUCGCUGGCUUCGUGUCCGAGAGGGGUCCGCCUUACAGAGCCUGUGAUCUCUUUGAUGAGCUGGUGGCCUUUGACAUGGAGCGCUUUAAGGAGGGGGCGGCCAGCCCUGCCAAGCUGCAGAAGCACAUGAGGGAACUCUCUGACCAACUGUACAAAAACGAGAAUCCCAACCCCCACAUGGCGUUCCAGAAAGUGCCUCGGCCCACAGAGGGCUCCCACCUGCGGGUGCAUGUGGUGCCCUUCCCCCUGCUGGACGAUGAGAAGGUGGAGCGGCUGCUGGCGGAGGGCCUGGCCAAGCAUCCCAGCGCCGCUGCCAUCACUACCACCACCCGCGCAGAGAGGAAGUGUGUGGUGCCCGCCGGCCCUCCCGUGGUGUCCAUCAUGGGGAAGAUGGGCUCAGUGUUCAACAGCGCUCGCAGGCUGGAGGUGGUGAGGAGCUGCAUCUCCUUCAUCUUCGACAACAAGACCCAGGAGACGGAGAAGACCCUGCCGGCUGCGCUGCGUGCUCUGAAAGGCAAGGCGGCUCGCCAGUGUCUGACUGAGGAGCUCAGUCUGCACGUCCAGCAGAACCGGGCCAUACUGGACCACCAACAGUUUGACUACGUCAUCCGCAUGAUGAACUGUGCCCUCCAGGUGGGUCAAAGCUCGGCCAGUCUGUCCCAGUCUUGGAGUGUGUUUGACAUGUACAUCCUCUACGCCACCCAGCCUAAGAUCCUGCGCCCAGCGCUGCUCCCUGGUGAAGAGUUUGUGUUGGAGGGUCUUAGAGUGGUCCUGGACCCUGAUGGCAGAGAGGAGGCUACGGGGGGGAUGCUCGGGGGACCGCACAUCCUGCCAGCAGAGGGAGCACUCUUCCUCACCUCCUACCGCAUCAUCUUCAAGGGCUCCCCACACGACCCACUAGUGGGGGAGCAGGCUGUGAUCAGGAGCUUCCCAGUGUCCACCUUGACCAAGGAGAAGAAGAUCAGCGUCCAGAACCAACUGCAGCAGAACAUGCAGGAGGGACUGCAGCUCCGCUCGGCAUCCUUCCAGUUGAUCAAGGUGGCGUUUGACGAGGAGGUGAGCUCAGAGAUGGUGGAGGUCUUCAGGAAACACGUCCAGAGGAUCCGCUACCCUCAGUCCAUCUUCAGCACAUUUGCCUUCGCCGCAGGCCAGACCGCUCCCCAACUCAUCCUUCCCAAACAGAAGGAGAGGAACACAGGUUUCAGGACGCUGUCCAAGACCAUUGUGAAAGGAGCCAAGAGAGCUGGGAUGAUCACCAUGGGCCGUCAGAGUCAGACCACGCUGAAGAAGAACGACAGAGGGAGUCGGAUGACCUGGCACGAGGAUGAUGACAUCUCAGUGUCAGAUGAGGGUGAGCCACCCCCCAUCAGCACGUUGAGGGCGUCAGAGAAGUCCACCAUGGAGCAGCUGGUGGAGCGGGCGUGUUUCCGUGACUACCAGCGGCUGGGCCUGGGCACCAUCACAGCCAGCUCCUCCCGCUCUAAGACAGGAGAGCAGUUCAGAGUCACUGCAGUCAACAGACUCUACUCCCUCUGUCGCAGUUACCCAGGGCUCCUGGUGGUUCCCCAGUCGGUGCAGGACAGCAGCCUGCAGAAGGUGGCCCGUUGUUACAGACACAACCGCCUGCCAGUGGUGUGUUGGAAACACCCCCGCACCAAAGCUGUGCUGCUGCGAUCCGGAGGCUUCCACGGCAAGAGUGUGGUGGGACUCUUUAAGUCCCAGAACCAAUCUUCAACAGCCCCUGCCAACUCUUCAGAGUUGUCCAGUAGUCUGGAGCAGGAGAAGUAUCUACAGGCCAUCCUCAACUCCAUCCCUGUCUACUUCAAACUGAACGGCAGCAACACUCUGUCCAACCGCUCUCUCAUCGGCCUCUCACCAGGCAGUGAAAGGAGGACAUCUAGAAUACCAAAGAUGGCUCCCGUCCAUUUGGACAUGCCCUUCUCCAACAGCUUUGCCAGAGGAGUGCUUGGGUACAGAGAUAAGCUAUUCACUCAUUCAAACCAAAAACCUGCCACUAAGGGGAGAAUCCAAAAUCAAGGUGUCUGGGCCAGCCUGCGUUCCAGCAGCCGCUUCAGCCAGCACCCUUCUGCAACCGAUGUUGGUGCCAGGCUGGCAGGGAAGGAUUUGGCGCCCCCUGCAGGCAGCGAGAGCCUGCAUGCCCAGCUCCUCAAACAGCAGGCUGCCCUCUACAUUUUUGGAGAGAAGUCCCACCUCAGGGGCUUCAAACUGGACUCUACUCUGAACUGUGAACUGGUGCCUGUGGACUUUGCUGACACGCGCCAGAUCAAAGGUGCCUUUAAGAAGCUGCUGAGGGCCUGUGCUCCGAGCGCUACGUCUUCAGACACACAGGACUCCUUCUUCAAAGCCCUGGAGGACUCUGAGUGGAUCCUUCAGCUUCACAAGCUCCUGCAGUUGGCCCUGAUUCUGGUGGAGCUGCUGGACAGUGGCUCAUCCGUCCUGCUGAGUCUGGAGGAUGGCUGGGACAUCACCACACAGGUGGUGUCCCUGGUCCAGCUGCUGAGUGACCCGUUCUACCGGACUCUGGAGGGCUUCCAGGUGCUGCUGGAGAAGGAGUGGCUGUCCUUCGGCCACAAGUUCAGCCAGCGCUCCAACCUGACCCCCAGCAGCCAGGGCAGUGGUUUCACGCCCAUCUUUCUGCAGUUCCUGGACUGCGUGCACCAGAUCCAGGACCAGUGCCCCUUGGAAUUUGAGUUUAAUCAGCACUAUCUGAAGUUCCUGGCAUACCACUACAUCUCCAACCGCUUCAAGAACUUCCUCCUGGACUCCGACUACGAACGCCUGGAGCAUGGCACAUUGUUCGAGGACAAGCCGGGAGACAAGCAGGCCAGGAGGGGGGUCUGUAUCUGGGAGUGUAUCAGCAGAAUGCACCGGAGGAGUCCACUGUUCUUCAACUACCUGUACAGUCCCACAGAGGCUGAGCCGGUGCUCAAGCCCUCUAUUAGCAUCCCUGCUUUGAGGAAGUGGGACUUCUUCACGGGGGAGACCCUGUGCACAGGCCCGUCCUAUGACUGGAGGAUGCUGGCUGUCAGGUCGGAGAACAUGGAGGAGACGGACACCAUCGCCACCAGCAAGAGGAGGAUCGUGUGGCCCUGCUACAGCAGUGUGGGGCGCGCCCAGCCUGACGCCAUCACCAAGCUCCUGGCUGACAUAGAGCGGCUGGAGGGGGAGAUGAGCCAAGCACCAGAGAGGUGGCAGGCCACUCUGGAGAGGGUCCGAGUCAGUAUCCAGGAGGACCUCAAACAGGAGGGAAAUCUCCGCAAGCAGUCUGCGUCCACCUCGGGGCUGAUCCCCACGUCCAGUCUGCAGGCGUUCCAGAGACGUUCCAUACUGCACCUGCCUGACACUGGCUUGGGGGAGGACAGCAGCCCCACUGCCACUAACGGGGUCAACCGCCGGGCCGCCACACUCUACAACCAGUUCACCCCCAAGAAUGAGGAAAACAGAUCGUUUGAGGGGAUUCUUUACAAACGAGGAGCACUGCUGAAAGGAUGGAAACCUCGCUGGUUUGUUUUGGACAUUACAAAACACCAACUGAGGUACUACGACACGGGGGAGGACACUAACUGCCGGGGCCACAUUGACCUGGCGGAGGUGGAGUCAGCUCUGAUCGCCACCCCCACCAUCGGAGCUCCUAAACACAUCAGUGAGAAGGCCUUCUUCGACCUGAAGACCACCAAGCGAGUGUACAACUUCUGCGCCUCGGAUGCCCAGAGCGCCCAUCAGUGGAUGGAUAAGAUCCAGAGCUGCAUCUCCGACGCGUGACCUCUGAACUCCCCAGCCAGGGCGUGGUCGGGAUGUGGUCAGGUCACUGCAUUAACACUAAGUGCAGCAAGGUGGAUGAGGGCAGAGACUGUGGGCACAUAUAUACAGUACAUAUUCAGCUCAGUCACCAUGGGAGUGGCUUUAACAUGAGGACCACAGUGAUCUAAGUGCCUGUUAGAGGAGGCUAUGCCAUACAUCCAUCCAUCCUGCUGCCUUGCAGGACUUCAGGCAGUCUUCACUCUGUCUGCCUGACAGCUUUAGCAGGAGUUGAUGAAUGUGUCCUGGUCUCUGCCGUCAGCUCUCUCUGUACUGUACCUUGUUACUGCUACAGGGAUCAACACUUAUAGUGAAAAGUAAAUGGCUGAAACGGAUGGCUGAGCACUACUAAGGAUAGUUUAUGCCAUUUCAGUUGUAAAUAGAUAAAAGCAAUAGCACUGGCCAUUUUAAACUGUGGGUUCAAUAUAUAAACGAAAAUAUAUAAAACAUACAAGAGAAUUUAUAUUAGAUAUUUUACAAUGAGGAAAAGGUGUUGCUGCUUGACAAAAGGUCUAAACCACCAAAAACGGAGGUUUUGAAAAUGCACAAUAUGACAAGGCAAUUUGUUUGCACUUAGUUCUAUAAUAUGCACUCCAUAUAGAAUGAUAGAUUUUCUUACUGAAGCGAACAGCCAGGCAAAAGGCAUUACUUUAUAAUGAUGUAUAAAAGGACCUUUUCCUUAUCAAGACAAAUUGCAAGAGAGAAACAACACUAAAGUUCAAAACAUUAUAUUUAAGUGAUGUCCUCUAUUUUUAAACAUACACUAUGAAUGUUUUGACUCAUGGAUAACAGUUUGUUUGUUCUUGUGAUGUAAAUUAUUUUUUUUAUUAAAAGAGUAACUCAUUGUUAAAGUGUGGUGGCUUAAUGUUUUAUGUAAAUACUCCUGUGAUAUUCCAUUUUUAUUUUAUUUGAUAUAUAACGUGUGUAUGCUUUUCUAACUGAGACUGUACUAAGACCAUGUCUUAUGUGCCAAUAUAGUAACCUUGUUUCCUAUCUUUGAUGAGACUGACUGAGCCAUUGUGUUUUUAGAUGAAGAGGAGUCGACUCUUUCUCAGAAUAUCCAGAAAGGCUCUGUCGUAAGGACUUUUAAAUCAAUCAGUCAGACGGUGUUUGUUUCUUCUGUUGUCUGCACCUUCCAGUUUGAGAGAACAAAGCAAAAGAAGAGCAUCAAAGUCCUUUCAGAAGCUAUAUGUUACUGUGUCUUUUGUACCAUGUUUUGCAUUGAUACUAAUGUUUGGUUUUGUUUAUAAAUCAAGAGUACUUGAACUAGC